CUCGUACCGAUCAUAUUAAUUCGCCAAUGUUUUCGGAAUACAAAAGUGACACUUCGGACAAAAGCACAUUUUCCUUUGUUUGCGCGGAAUUCUAUGCUAUAUGUUUAACAAUUUAAAAGUGAAGUGUUAUAACGUUACUUUGUAUCUUUGUUGUUUAUAAGUUUUGUUUUUAGUGUUGUUAAGUGAUUGGAAAUUUAUUUGGGAUAAAUAGAUGAGAUUCAAAUAUCUCAAAUAAUAUUUCGAUUGUAAAAACUUUUAUCUGAAAGUAAUGAAGAUAAAUGUACAAUAAGUAAUAAUAAAAGUGGAACGAUGAACUCUUACCCCUGAGGGUUGUGAGCUAUGGCGCGUGCUACAACCGCCUGCCUCUUUACGGUCCAUUUUCUCUCGUGCAUUAUUGUAUGUCAUCAAGAUAGUAGCAGCAACCGACCGAGAGAACAAAACACUGUUUCGGAAUCUUCUCGUCGUUUCCGUACAGAAUUUUUAGAAGAUUGGCCCCAAACACCUGGUGCACCUUAUUUCGAUCCUAGCACUCCAGAAAAUGUAACCGGACUUGUUGGACAUUCUGUCACUUUACUGUGUAAAGUGAAAAAUUUGCAAAAUCGCACAGUGUCAUGGGUGCGUCAUCGAGAUAUUCAUCUACUCACGGUUGGUCGGUACACAUACACUUCAGACCAACGAUUUGAAGCACAACACAAACCUCGUUCGGAGGAGUGGGCGUUAAGAAUCCGUAGUCCACAGCGAAGAGAUUCAGGACAAUAUGAAUGCCAGAUAUCCACUACGCCACCUAUUGGUCAUGCGGUAUAUCUCAGUAUUGUAGAACCGGAAACCGAAAUAAUGGGUGGCCCUGAUCUGUUCAUCUACGCCGGCUCUACCAUUAACCUGACGUGUAUAGUAAGACAUACUCCUGAACCACCAAGUACCAUCAACUGGACACACAGAGGAAAAACUAUUAACUUCGAUUCAACCCGAGGUGGAAUAUCUCUAGUCACCGAAAAAGGAAUCCACAGUAGCAGCCGACUGUUGGUUCAAGCUGCUCGGACGUCAGACGCCGGAGCAUAUCAGUGUGUACCUGAUAAUGCUCAAUCAGCUACGGCUAGAGUGCAUGUGCUCACAGGUGAGACUCCCGCUGCAAUGCAGGGUAAUGCCAAAGAACUAUCACUUUCCUUCGUUCUUUACGUUACAAGUGUCACGUUGUAUUUAAUAUUUAUAACAUAAAGCAAUAAAUUCAACAUUUUAGAAAAUAUAAUGAAUUGUAAAUAUUUAUUAAAUUUAUUAAUCUAAUCUGUUAAAUAUUAAAACUAAUUUUAUUAAAUGUAAUAAGAUAUUUUAAUUAAAUUGUUAUUUGAAAUAUCGCGCUAAAUGAAAUGCCAUGUAAAUAGUUUUAAUUUAAGUAAUUGUUGAUAACAUUAUGGAGACGAGCUCUUGAAAAAGUUAAAUUCGAAUGAUAUUAAUGUUUUUAAUAAUUUUUUUUGUUCCUCACGACUUGUUACAUUUGAGGACUUUAUUUGUUAGUUAAAGGAUGAAUGACGAGGAUUUGUGACGUGAAAAUGUUCGGAUAUUGUGACCAAUACUUUUUACGUUACAAUAUUAUGUUUACCAGGGUAUAAUAAUCCAACGAAAUCAUACAUCGGACUGCAUAUGUUUAAUCCAUAUUAUACGUUCUUUAUCGUGACUUGUCAACCUCAUCUUAUUUCUUUUGCCAACCGUUGGGUCUCUUAAGCCACUGAGAUAUUUUUAUUUUAUUUCAUCUUUAAACUUUUUUUUUAAUAAACCUUAAACAGUUCCAAAUAUUCGGUCACACAGUGUGUAGUUAACGUUGGUGUACCAUGUUCAACAAAUUUACUAUAUAUCAUUACAUUACCGCAGUCUGAAAAAAAGAAAUGAUAAACUUUACUGAAUAUUUGUAAUAUAUUAUAUAAGAAUGUUUCUAUUUCCUAUUCGAACAUUUUACAAUAGAAUAAUGAUAUGUAGUCGCAGUUAAUGUUAUAUCAUUAGACUAGGAGUAUAGUUUGUUUUUAAUUAAAUCUGGUUUUCAAAUAAACAUAUUUUUAUGUU